AUGGACUUUGAAAAACUAAAAGAAUUUUUACCAAAAGAUCCAAUAAAAUGGAGCAUAGAAGAUAUAAAAAUAUGGUUAGAUUUUAUUGGAUUAUCUUAAUAUUAUUAAUAUUUUUAAUAACAUUCAGUAGAUGGUUCCUGCUUAACUUCUCUUACCGAAUCUGAUUUGAGGGAUGAUUUAUAAGUAUAAACGGCAAUAUAAAGAAAAAAGAUAAAAAAUUGGUUAAAUGUAGGUUUAAAAGAAUAUUCAAGCUAUUUAAAAAAAAACAAAAUAAUAUAAGAAGAUUAAAUUAUAAUGAGUGAAUAUACAAAACUAUAAAAAUUCGAAGAAAAAGAUGACAAAAAGUUCUUCGAUAAUUUCAAUAUUUCAUAUACUAAUAACGAACUAGAAUUCCAGAAAUAACAAAAAAUGAUUAGAGUACCGAAUUGUGAUAUAAAUGCGCUAGAAUCAUCUGAAGAAGAGGAAAAUAAUUAAUAAGAACAAUAAAAUCCAGUUAUUUAAAGCAAUAAUGAUAUAAAUAAUAAUAUAAAUAAUAUUAUAAAUAAUUUACAAGAACAUAACUAUGAAUUAAUAAUAGAGCCAGUAGAAGGUGUUUAAGCAAAUUAUUUUUGCAUUAAAGAACAAGGAGGGAAAAUAGGAAGGCAUUCAUCUAAUUAAAUUUUGAUUUUGGAAGAAUCCAUUUCCCGUUUUCAUGCAGAAAUAGAAUUUAAAAAUAACCAAUUUUACCUUAAAGAUAUAGGUUCUACUACCGGUACAUUUAUCAAAAUUAAAGAUAAAAUUUAACUGACAUUAGAUACUGUUAUCGAAAUGGGCUCAAAUUAAUAUGAAGUAACGAAAAUUAAAUAAGAUCCACCCUAUGUUUAAUUAACUGUUUUAGAAGGAGUUAAUUAAUCAAAUCCACCUUAUGAUGUAUUUUUAUAAUUAUUUAUUAUAUAUUUUUUUAAUAUAAAGCUUAUAUUUACGUAAGAAAUGAUAGAUAAAAAUGAAUAUUUUUCUAUUGGAAGAAAAAACUCAAAUAAGAUAAUACUCCCUGAUGAUUAACAUUUAUCAAAUUUACAUGCAAAAAUAUAUUUUAUUGAUAUGAAAAUUAUUCUUGAAGAUCAUGGAUCAACAAAUGGUUCAUGGUUAAGACUUUCUAAAGAAGGAAUUUAAAGUGAAAGUUAUUCUUUAGAUAAUAAUACAACUUUUAAGAUAGGAACUACAUCUACAUAUAAUUGCAAAAUAAAAUGCUUAGAAAAAGAAAAUUUUUAAUAGCAAAAUAAUGGAAUCCCUAAUAUGGUUUAAUGGUGUGUUAUUUGUUGUGAAAAUGAAAGAAAUGUUGUUUUUAUUCCUUGUAGACAUAAUUGUACAUGUAUUUAGUGUUCUAAAAAUAUAUAAGAAUGUCCUAUCUGUAGAACUUAAAUUAGGGAUACAGUAUAAAUAUACAAAGCAUGA